AGUGAGAGUGUGUUCAGCACAGAGCCGGUAGAGGAACCGUAACUACUGCUGCUUUUUAUUUCUUAUUCUUAAUAUCUAUUAAUAAUCAUCAUCAUCAACAUGGUCGUCGUGAUUGAGAACCAGGCAGCCUUCGAUAAAGCUCUGACGGAGGCCGGUAAAAAGCUGGUGGUGGUCGACUUUACAGCUACGUGGUGUGGACCCUGCCAGAGUAUCGCCCCCUUCUACAAAGGCCUGUCUGAGGAUCCAGCCAAUGCCAGCGUGGUCUUCCUGAAGGUCGACGUCGACGACGCUCAGGACGUGGCCCAGUCUUGUGAGGUCAAAUGCAUGCCAACAUUCCACUUCUACAAGAACGGAAAGAAGAUUGACGAGUUCUCGGGGUCCAACCAGGAGAAGCUGGCGCAGUUGGUGGCAUCCAACAAAUGAAGAGAAGGAGAAUGAGCCUAGCAUGAAAUAAAAUCUAAUCCUGACUCAAA